CAUGUCUAUUUUGAACCCUGAUGUAACAUCGGACAGGUAGCAAAACUUUCUCGCCGUUAAACUUAGCGAUGACUUAGAAUUGGAGAAGAUUUAUUUGCAUCUUUGUGUGGUCAUUUUGAGAUGUGUUUAGUCUUGGGAGGAUGAUGAUGUUUUAGGAGUUGGGAUACCUUGCUGAAAGUCCGAGGAAGUUUUCCACAUCAGGAUUACGUUUGGUACUUAUGGAUCGGACUUGAUCAUUCAAGUUUAGUUUCAGGUGGGCACGAUUGAUUUUGUGGUUGAGCGCUUGUGUCAGCGUAAGACUGUUGUUGAAAGUGAAAAUAAGGAAGAAAUACUGUGUUGUUGAAAGUUGUACAGCACUGAAACUAUUGUUUUUCAAAAAAGGAUGUUGACCUGAAAUUUCAAGAUGGCUGCCUCCUAGCAGACGGCAAAGGCUUGUUAGGCGAUCACUACACAACUGGAGGUGUGGUCGUCUGGCAACAGGCGGAGAUUGUGAUUGGACAUCGGGAGUAGCUAACAUCCAGUGUUAGCCAAUCAUGUCGCUGCGUUGGGACACUACAGUGUGUGCGGUGUGUGGGCAGUUUCACGAGCCUCAUGGAACUCAUCUUUAUGACUACUACCAGGCGGUGGACGAAGAUUUGAUGUGUCACAUCUGCCUUCAGCCGCUCGUCAACCCCUUGGAUACCAAAUGUGGACAUACAUACUGUUCUCGGUGCUUGAAAAAUUACCUCAAAAUUCAGAAACAGUGCCCUGUGGAUCGUUUACCCUUAACGCUCAAAGACUGCUCACCGUCCAGUAUUCUUGUAAAAAGAUUGCUGGACAAGUUGCUGAUCGUGUGUCCUAAUGUUGAUUAUUGUGAAGACGUGUUGCAGCGCUCCGAUCUUGAAGCUCACCUCCUCCACAGAUGUCGAGGUGCGGUGACGCGGUGUAUCAAGGCCAGUCUUGGGUGCACGUUUCAGGGUCCACGCAGUGCCUUACAGAGCCACCUGUGGGAAUGUCCCUACAAGGACCAACAUGCAGGUCAGAACCCAGUGGUGGAGGGAGAGGUGUCCACCAUCGAGAUCCAGAUGGACACGCACAAUGCCUCCCCCGGCAAACACAGCCAGGACCUGGGGAUCAGCGUCGUCGGGGGAUGUGAUACGCCGCUGGUAUGCACGGUGAUACAGGAAGUCAUCAAGGGGGCAGUGGUGGACAAAGAUAGCCGACUGUUGCCAGGCGACCAGAUUCUGGAGGUGAACGGGGAGGACCUGACACAGGCCACACACCUGCAGGCGGUGCGAGCGUUGAGCGAGUGCUUCCCCCUGUGUCGACUGACGGUGUACCGGGAGAGGGCGGAGGAGAGCAGGCCCAUCGAGAAGGAGGAAAUACUGAAGAUCACUUUGGUUAAGGUUCAGACGAAGCAGCUUGGUAUUCGUCUGGUCGGAAAACGGAAUGGCCCUGGAGUGUACAUUCUGAAUUUGAUCCCGGGCAGUACAGCAGCGUAUGAUGGCCGCCUGAAGCCGGAUGACCGUCUGCUGGAGAUCAACUGCCAGGACAUCUCAUACGGCACACAGGAACAGGCUGCCCAUCUCAUACAAACUAGUCAAGAUAGAGUGCAGUUUGUGGUGUCUCGGAAGAGUCGUCCACAGACUCCGGAUCUGAUCCGAUCUACCUCAAGCGACACUGCCAAGUGUGGUGCUACCUUCGACUGUGAUAGCAUGGAGAACCCCAUGAAGGCCCAGUGCAAGGAACGCAUGAUCAGCCUUGCCAAGGACCCCUCUGAGAGCCUUGGCGUGAGUGUAGCGGGUGGUUUGUCCAGUUUCCGUGGCGACACGCCAGUCUACGUUACAAACAUCAAUCACAAGGGAUGCCUGGGACGCAGUCGGCAGCUCAAGAAAGGUGACCUGCUCCUGUCUAUCGGCGGCAUCAACCUGCUGGGGCUGACCCACAGCGAGGCGGUCAAACAGCUCAAGGUCCAGUCCGAGACCAAGCUGCUGAUGAUGAAAGUGAUCGAGGGGCCGGAGGAUGCGGAGGAGGGGACACACAACUUCGUCCCCAACUGGUUGUUCUGGCUCCGGCUUCCUAGAGCGUGCCAGCUGCUCAAGACGAUUACGUUAUUGCGCAGUCCGUCAGGGAGCCUGGGUUUCUCCAUCGUGGGUGGCUGUGACAGCAGCCACGGACAGAUGCCCAUCUUUGUCAAGUCAAUCGUCCCUGAGACCUCUGCAGCCAAGGAUGGGAGGUUAAAAUGUGGUGAUAUGAUCAUGAGUGUCAACGAACACAGCUUACAGAAUAUACAACAUGCCAAGGCCGUUGAAAUCCUCAAGCUGAUAGAUGGCGCUGUGACGCUCACAGUCGUGUCAUGGCCUGGAACUCUUGCUUGAUGAACAAGAAAUAAUUGUGACUCUGUUUGGUGCUGUUUGUGCUUGAUGCACACUGUGAUCUAGGGAGGCCAGUUUCAGAGGAAUAACACACGACUUGAUUCAGGAGAAUAGUAUGUGGCCAGUUUUUAAAAAAAUAAUCCGUGACUUGUUUCAGGAGAAUAGGAUAUUGCCAGUUUCAGAGGAAUAACUCACAACUUGUUUCAGGAGAAUAGGAUAUUGCCAGUUUCAGAGGAAUAACAUGACAAGUGUCGGAGGAGGAAGUCAUGACUGCUGGUUGUUUCCAGAAAUUAUGAUGUAUUACAUGUUCAAGGAGUAUAACAUUACUAGAUCCAGAUGAAAAAGACAGGUCUUUUGCAGAAGGACAUUAGUUGCAAGAGAAGAACAGAAUAAUGUAUAGAUUUUUCCCAAAGUGACAUAGCUUUCAACAAUUCUAAAAAUUUAUUUUGAUUCUCAACCCUUUUACAGUGAAUAAAGAUAUUGUAUUUCAGCGGCUAAAGUCUGCAAGUUUUGAAAUAAAAAGGUAUUUAAAGUACUUAUGAGGAAAUCAGUUAGAAUUGGGGAAACCGUUUUUCAGAACGUGCCACAGAUUCUCUCAAAGAAGAUACAGAAAUAUGUGUUGCUAUGACAGUACUGUUUGGUUUGAAAACAAAGGGUGGUCAGAGACUUGCUUGACUUCUGUGCCAAUUCAAAUGUUUGAAGAAAAAACUGGUCAGUGUCAGACAAAUAGAAUACUUGACCUUGAGUAACCUCAAGAUGUUGAGGCAUGUUGCUUUCUGAACAACUCAUCAUUAUGUCCAAAGCAUGGAAUGAAGGCUGUGUGAAAAGCACUAAAACUAAAUCUGCUGUUCCAAGACACAUGUGGUGCCGGGAUUCGAGAUUUUACAUGUAUGCCGCGCCAGUGAUUUUUAUUUGCAAAUGACCCUCACGAGCCACUUUCGAAGUCGUGAACAUUCACAGACAGUUGAUGAUCAGAUUCACACUACUGAAUUCCAGUCGUCGUGUGAAUGAUUCAAUGAUUCAGCUCAAACUAGAUCACAGACUUGUCGGGAGUUUUAGAAAAAUAAGAUUUGCCCAAAAUGUGAAGUUUUGUGUCAUCCAGAAGACUCCCUGGGAGUUUUUACUACACUGAGGACGUUUUUUUAUAAAUGUUUUCGUUUUCUGUUUAUUAACCUUCGGCCUUUAUGGCUCAAAUGUCGUCUUCUGUUUUUACUUUUUAGCAACGAUACACAAACAACCUCAUGUUAUAUCAAGUUAUGAAUGAGGCAAUAUGAUAUUGUCAGCACAUUUUAUGAUGGACAAUUUAGUUGCAUUUGAUUUCAAAUAAUUCAAAAGCGCUUUUUCAAAAACAAAACAUCAAAUUUCAGUUGUUUUUUUAUUUGAGGAUGACCUUUUGAAUGUGCCAUAUACCUAAAUGAAUUUAUUACUUCAAUUGUGUCAUUGUGGAAUGUCAGUUAUGAUUUAUUCAGAAUUUGUUUUUAUUAAUGGUCAAGUUGAAUUUUUAGCUCAUCUGACUGAAAGUCAAGUGACCUCAUGUUGUGGAGCAUGGUCCGUUCAUCGGUCUGCCUGUUAUUAAUGUUUAGAGCUUCAACUUUUCCGGGGGCGGUGGGGUAGCCUGGUGUUUGAAGCGUUGACUCGUCACGCCGAAGACCCGGGUUCGAUUCCCCACAUGGGUACAAUGUGUGAAGCCCAUUUUCCGGUGUCCCCCGCCGUGAUAUUGCUGGAAUACUGAUAAAAGCGGCGUAAAACCGUACUCACUCACUCACUCACUCAUUUAACAUCUCUGAAACCACAAGGCCGAAGAAGCUGAGACCUCAUGUUGCCUCACAGAACAUAAAUACAAUUUUAAACAUGGCCACCAUGGCAUCCAUAUUGAAUAUGUCAUUUAUGCCUAUUACUCAGCAUAUAUCAUUCUGAAAUUCUAUAUACAGUAACUGUGUGAUCUGUGUAAUGAUAUAAAAUAUGCUCUAUAGCAUAUUUUGAUUUUUUUUGUUUUAUCCAGCUACGACAUUUGACCCAAGUUUUUUAAGAUUUAUUGCAGUUUCAAGAUAUCCUCUGAAACCACACUCAGGUGUCCCCACUGUGUUAUUGCUUGAAUUUUGUUAAAAGCGGCGAAAAAACAUACUCACUCACUGAAACUACAAGUUCUAUGAAGCUGAAAUUUUGUUGCAAUGAUGCCAGCAAUGGUGUUCCUAAAUUUCCUGAUCUCUUUUUCAACAUGGCUGCCAUGGCAGCCAUAUUGAAAAGUCCAUUUUUCCCUUUACUCGGCCAUUAAUGCAUGCAUCAUGUUGAUAUGUCAUCUGCAGCAAGUACCAACUAAAAGCACAUUUGAUACUUUCUGUGUAAUGGGAUAUUUGACACAGGUUUGUUUAACCUUUGAUGGUCUACCACUGUGGCUUCCAAAGGCGCCAUGACAGUCAUGAUGAACAUGAAGUUUGGCCCUCUACAUGGCCGGAUAUACAAGCAUCAACAUGGAAUAAUAAACAUGCAAUGCUGUGAGGAAAUCUUGUGUGCAGAAACAUUUGUGAAUUCUUUACCGUCACAGUCAGCUGGAGAUGUAUACUCCCCAGGAAGCUGAGAUGAAAAUUCAGUGGUCACUAAUCCAUUGUCUUGGGUAAUAAUGUCGCGCCCCGAGCAUUCACUUGGUGAAAUUUGGCACAUUAUAAAUGGUCAUUAUUAUAAUUAUUAUUAUUAUUAUUAUUAUUAUUAUUAUUAUUACUACUACUCUGUUAGACAUUUCUGAUCUAAUGCAAUUCAAAUUGGUGUUAAACCAAACUAGCUUACAUCUGAUCUACCAAAAUAUUCGGGGAAAAGAAUCAGGUGAGCUGCAGAACCUUUUUUUUAAUGAAAUUGACAAGUAAGUGUUAUGAGUUGUUUUAAAAUCGUGUUGUGAAUAUCUGGACAAUUGUUUUUUUGUUUUUUUAAAGUUCACAUUUUUUCACCUGAUAAUAAAACCACAUUUGAAUAAACAGGACAAGAAGGAGUAUUUUAUGAACAAGCAAAUUCUGAGUACUUUAUAUAUACAUAUAUAUAUAUUUGAUUGUGAUAUAUUCAUGAUAGAUUGCAAUAGAAAUGUUCAUCCCUUUAUUCUAAUGCUAGAUGUGUGUGUUAACAGGUGAGCUUUUCUACUCCCGAGAGGGCAUUGGUUGAAUUCUGAAAGAAUGUGAAUGGUGGACAUGUGACUUUGUGGAAUCAUGGUGUGUCAAUUCGGACAGUGUUUUUUGUCAAAUCAAAUUAUACAAGAAUAGUGGUUUGUGUGAAACAACUGGUUUUAGACGGAAGGAAUUAACUGUUGAAUGGAUGGUAGGAUCAGUUUUGAUGGACUUUGACUUUACUCGUGUAUGGUUAAAUGACAAGUGUUGAACGAAAAUCCUUGAUUUUGUUUUGUUUUGAAGGAAAGUAUUUUGAACAAAGGUUAGUCUGUUAAGGAAUAACAUUGCAAAUAAUAAGUAACAGUUUAUGAUAAAAUAAAAUUUAUAUUUAAAGUUCUAAAUUGUGAAUGUUUUCAUUGAAUAAAACAUGCUUUUGUUCAAUUUGUUUUCUUAUGGAAUUUAAAAAAAAUAUCAUUGUUGAUGUUAUUGGUAGAACUAAAUUAGUAGCUUACUAAAUUCACACUUUCAAUGUUUUGCAAAACAUUGAUAUGGAUUCAACCUACAGUAUUAAAACUUAUUUGUUAUGUUGAUUUUUUUAUAUAUGAACGUUUCGUCUUAUGAUUGUUGUAGUCAAUGUUUUAUUUAUGUUUUUAAUUAACUUUAAGACGUAAAAAAGAUCUCCCCUCCCAGUGUACAAGAAAUGUGAGAAUGUAUAUGUAUUUACGAAUGUAUAUUGCAAAUAUUUCUACUUGUGAAUGUGCGUCAGUCAUUGUAAAAUUGUACAUAGACAUCGUCAAUUGCCAUGUCAGUUCUGUUCACUCAUAAGAGGCCUUUUUUCAUUCCUAGAUGCCUAACAUCACAUGCUGUGUGCUAUGGUAGUGCUUUAUUAUAUACUACUCAAAAAAACUUAAGGAACUCUGAUUCUUUCAUAUAAAUAUAGUGAUAUGAAAGAAUCUUGUGGUCCUGUUAUUGAGUGUAGGAAAGGGUGAUCCAACUUUAAUGACAGAUGUUUUUUGAAUGUCAGAUUUUCCAAAUAAACAAAAACAUCAGUUUGUAAUUAAAAAGUAAACAAAUGUUACUUAUUAGAUCGUGACUGCAGAUAGUCAAACCAUCAUCUUUCGUUUUCGUUGUCACCCUCCUGUCACCUUGGGUCGUAUAUUUCACAUUUCCCUGUAUAUUUUGUUUAUGCAAUUUAUUCCUGGUCAGCUAGCAUUGAAGCUACAGUUAUUGUUUGCUCAGAAAUCAUGCAAGUAUCCCAUUCAGGUGUUUUUCCAUUAUUUUUCAGAGCAAUUGCAUUUACAGCAACGUUUUGUAUAGUAGCUACGAUUGCAAUAUAUGUGUUCGCAUCACUUUGACAGGCACCUGUCAUUGAAAUGUACAAAGUUCAUCAUUGUUAUUUUAUACCGUUUCCUAUCGUGUAUCAUAACCAGGAUGUUGUUACACACCAUCUUCGUCACUUUUACGUUCAUGCAAAACAUUGUAACAAGACCAGCAUCAUUUAAUUGUCAUCAUCUCGGUGUGUUUAGAGUCGGUCGAAUCUCAUCACUGCAAGUCUGAUAAUCGAGAUGAUUGAGAUGAUUGAGAUGAUUGAGAUAAUCGAAAUGAUUGAGCAUCGCCAGUAACCAAUCACCACCAGCAAUUGGUUAUUUGUUUGUUGGAUCAUGGUACCAGUUUUCUCAAGAACACAGUUUGGGUGGUUUAUAAGAUUCGUAUGAUGUUGUUUAGCCUCAAAACUCAAGUGAAAAACAACAACCUCCUCACACAGUAAAAUUGUAUCUUUUAAUCUAAUAAUGAUAACUCUACAGAAAGAUCUGAUAUACUCUCCAUGUUGAAGGUGAGGUGAGGUUAGGUGAGGUGAGGUGGUUGGACUGUAAAUGCAUUAAUGCAUGGCUUCACUGAAUGCAUGGUAUUAUUAAAUAAUACAUGUUUAUCAUAUAUACAUAUAUAUAAGUACAUAUAUACAAGUUAUUAAUUUCAGUCAGAAGUUGUAAAAUAGAAUAAAAUAAUAUUCCUGAAAAGGUAUGAGUAGUUAAUGUAAAUAUCCAAAUGACGUACAGGUUACGCCUGUAAGCAAUAAUUAGUGCUAUUAUGAAGUCUUUGUAAGUGUAAAUACUGGAUUACCAUAGAAAUAGGUUAGGUAGUUUUCCGCAAUUCACAAGAAAAAGAAUUUUUUUAUGUCAUUCAGCAGAUGUUAUAAUGAGAAAAGGGUUUCAGAAAAACUGUUCACAGGAUGUCCAUCUCCAUAUUGGGGAUGAUUGAAGAAGCCCUCAUAUCUGAGGUGUCAUGGUCAGCAUAACACAUCUGCUUCCUAAGCUGCUACAAACUGUUGUGCAUUUCAUCCUCAGCUUCAUCCUCAGAUAUUACAAAUUUGUCAGCGUGCAAGAGUGUCUUCAGUUUGCUAUUUCUCAUGUUCGGAUUUAUUUUAUAUCAGGAUGCAUCACAUUUUUUAAUAAAACAAAUAUACCGAUCUUCCUUCCGCAUGUUCAAUGCAGUUUACAGAGAAACCUCAAAGUCCAAGAGACCAUCGAAAUGUUUCAUUAUCUGUACUUUGAGUCAGGAGGAGGGAUGCAGAGUGCUGAUGUGCAAUAACUAAAAAACGAUAUUUUGUACUUUCACUGUUAUGCUAUGAACUGUUGUCAGACUUUUUUCCCCCAGUAUAUCUACACAUAAAUAGUCAAAAAAAAGUAAGCGUUUCAGCCCAUGAAAUCGGGUUAAUUAAAUAUGCAGCGAUUUGCAGGACUCUAUUCAACAUAUUAUGCUCCCUGAUCCAGCCUUACCAACUUCAGCAUCAAUCUGUAAGCAUCCCGUUCUAAGGUUGAAAAUUUACAUGACAUAUUUUGUGUCUGUAUUUUACAGAUAUAUUACAGAAAACAGAGCAGGGUGGGAGUAUAAAUUUGCCUCGUAACUUUUAUAAGAAAUGUUUGAGUUUUAUUGAUGUUGGAACAAGAGUUUUCACUACUGCUCAAUCUCCGAAACCAAAUUAACUUUUUGUUUAUGGAUAUAAAUGUUUCCCCUUUUGUCAAUUUUGUAAACACACCACAAAUAUGGUAUGUCUUUAAAACUCUGAUUUUCAGGUGCAGAUAACGACUGGUUUAUUUAUUGUGAAGCUCAAUAAUUCUGCAAAUGAUUCAUAAAACACUGACAAAACUAUGAUGAAACCUAAAGCAAUAGAAUUUGUCUCAAGAAAAGCAGAAAUGUAGCAGUCUGAUUUUGUUUUGAUAUUUCAAUUUAGAUUUUACAAACUCAAAUAUGUACUGGCAGAUUAUAUUGUCAGCUUUUGCAUUUAGAGGUUGAAUAUUGUUUAAGUGGAUGGUUGAGGAUUUCUGAAAAGAGUACCAUCUUGCUCAAGGUUUCUUCAAAACCAUUUUAAAGACAUGAUAUGAAAUGUCAGUAUUUCUCUUGCAUGAAUUUGAUAGCAUUAUGUCUGAAAGCAGGGUUGAUAUGCCUAACGCAGUGACAUAAAUAUAUUUACAGGUAAUCAACGAGCAAUAAAAACAAAUCCUGUCUUCAGGACAAUUUAGAGUUCAAUAAUAAUACUUUCACAAUACGGAAAAUCCUAGUCUUAUUGACAUUUGCUAGGACUUCUCAGAGCAAGGCAUUUGGUGUUUUUUUCUUUUAAGAAGACACACAAGAACAUUUUUACAAUAAGUUUUAAAACUUAAAUGUAUCAUGAAGUUAAUCUUCUGGUUGUCUACCCAGUCUGCUGUGAGCUGGUCUCUGGCAAUGGAAAAACUUCUUCUUCCUUAUCUAUGGCAGGGGAGGCAACUCCUUCUUCCUAAUCUAUGGCAAGGGAGGCAACUCUUCCCUAUCCUGUUGUACAUACUAUGAAUGUUUCUGAGUGUUAAGGGAUGUGACCGUGUUAGUGUCAGGAGCGUCACCUAUGACUGACUGUAUGUGAAAUGUGAAAUUUUACACAAAAUAAAAUGUUCAAAACUA